UGGUGUCGAAAAAACAAACAAUAAACAAACUAUGCAAAAGCAGAAGAAGAUUUUAAGAGCAGUUUUCGGAGAUUUUUUUGCGAUGCCUGAAUUAUAAAAUUUUUAUCGCUUUUAACAAAAAAGUAAUGGUGCUAUGUAAAUUUUAUCAGCAAGGAGCCUGUCGCUUCGGUUCUAAAUGUCACAAUGAACACUUCGAUGUAAAGCAAGUAGUCAAGACCGAUGUGGAUGGAGCUAUAAACGGCAAACAGUGGCCAUUUUCUUGUUAUGGUCCUUUUAAGGACAAACCAUGUUUACCUAAUUUCAUUGAGGAUCAAUCAUUUGAAGAAAUACGCUUGAUGUGCUACGAAGCUAAACAAAAAAAUUACUUUGAACAGUUUCAUCAACAAUUUUUAAAAGAAGCUAUGGAUGUUAAUUCGAAAAUGAAGGCUUUACUUCAAUUUACUCCAGAAAUAGUUAAUGUGAUUUGUAAAGUUUACGAUGUUGCUGUGGAGACUAUUGCGACAAAAUCGAAUAAUCCUUUUGGCUUAGGUGGAAAUGUUGGAGCAGUAAAUACUAGUUCAUUGUUUGCUAAACCAGUAUUAGGACCCAGUAGCAUGUUUAGCACUGCUGGUGGUGCUAAUGCAACCAAUGCUUUCGCAGCUUCCAAUACGAAUGGUAGCAUCUUCGGAGGUACUGCUACAAAUCUAUCAACGGGGAACAAUAUUUUUGGCGGUCAGACACAGACUUCCAUAUUUGGCCAAUCGAACAAGUCUACGAAUUCGAUAUUUGGAGGCGGAAAUGCUAGCAACCAAAAUCAAGGGUCUAUGUUUAGUCAAGCUCAACCACUCGCAGGAGGUGGUAAUGUUUUUAAUCAGCAGCAAACGCAGCAGUCCAAUUCAGCAUUUGGUCUUUUUGGACAGACAGCUCAACAAUCAGUACAAAGCUCUAGCUUUUUUAAUCAAACCCAACCAUCGCAGGCAACGGCAAGCGUUUUUGGUCAAACCCUGGCACCGCAACAUCAAAAUACGAACCCAUUUACGCAAGCAGCCAAUCAGUCUGGACAAAGUUUAUUUGCUUCGCAAUCUAAUGGUAGUCAAAACUUAUUCACUCAAGCAGUGCAACAACAACCAAUGCAGCCUAUUGCAGGGCAAGCAGGUUUCACCCAACCAAACAUUUUUGGACAAACUAUUCAACAGCAGCAACCCGUGCAAAACAUUGCCCCUUUUAUGCAGAGCGCAAACAUAUCACAUCAACAACAACAACAACAACAACAGCAAACACAAGGUCCCUUCCAACAAAUUGUAACAUCAGAACCUCAAAUGCCAUCACAGCCGCUAGGAACUUCUGUAUAUAGUCGUUUAGAGGACUUGACAGCUGAAGAAAUUGAAGCUUUUAAGGCAGACAGUUUUCUGCCAGGAAAGAUACCCUUUAAUCCGCCACCGAAAGAGUUAAUUAAUUAAAAUAUUAAGUGAAAAUUGUGUGUGU